CUGCUGAGAGGGUUGGUUUGGGCUGAAUCUUGGUGUUUUGGAGGCUUCUAUGGAGCACAAGAUUCCUGGUGACUUCUAGAGAUGGAGUUGGGCAGGAGGGACCACCAACCCAAUGCACCCACACCUUGUUUUUCCUCCUAAACCAGGAAAAAUUCAUCCCUUUGGGAAGUCUGUCUCUAAACUCUAUGGCAUGAGCCUGUAAGUCUGAUAAAUAUGUAUUAGUUUGAGUUACUCUGAGCAGAAGGGAAUGAGUUUACAUAGAAUAAUUCCUUCCCAAACCUUGGCUGAAUGGAGGAGGAGGCUGCGAGGAAGAGGAAGAUGCCCCGGGACCCCCAGGCAGGCCCCGAGCUGAGGACGGAGAGCACGGAGGACAAAUCCCCCCGGCAGAGCCUGGUGGGAGAGGCCGUUUUGAAGGGCUCCACGGUGCAGGAAGGCAGCGGGGAGGGAAAGAGCCAGAGAUCCCCCAGGAGGAGGGUCUCCAAAGCCAGCCCAGGGUGCUCUGAGGAGGAAAGAGCCACUCUGUGCCGGGAAGGCGACGAGAGCUUGAGCCAGAGCUGCGACCAGGAGGUCCAUGAGCAGCCUCCCACUAGGAAAAAGCCCUUCAAGUGCUUGGAAUGUGGGAAGAGCUUCAUCAAGAGCUUUGCCCUCCUCACCCACCAGCACAUCCACAGGGGAGAACGGCCCCACACGUGUGGGGAAUGUGGGAAGAGCUUCCACCAGAGCUCCCACCUCCUCACCCACCAGAUCAUCCACACCCGAGAACGGCCCUACAAGUGCUUGGAAUGUGGGAAGAGGUUUCAGAGCAGUGGGAAUCUCCUCCUGCAUGAGCGGACUCACACAGAUGAGAGACCCUUCCUCUGCACCCACUGUGGGAAGAGCUUCAACCGCAACUCCCUCCUCGUCACCCAACGGCGCAUCCACAGCGGGGAG